GUGUAUCUCAAAAGGUUGGCGGUGUGACGGGGAGAAGGACUGCCCGGACGGAUCGGACGAGGCCCCAGAUGUCUGUCCUCAUAACCGUGUGUCGCGCUGUCCUCCUAAUGAACAUCAGUGUCUGGGUUCAGACUUGUGUGUUCACAUGAGCAAGCUGUGUAACGGCGUCCCCGACUGCACUGACGGAGGAGACGAGGGGCCGCACUGCAGAGAACUGGCGCUCAACUGUACUCUCACUGGUUGCCAGGACAACUGUGCUGUCACACGCAUCGGCCCCAUGUGCUACUGCAAGAGCGGCUAUGAGAUCAGCCAAGAUGGAAAGACCUGUAAAGAUUUUGAUGAGUGUACGGUGUACGGCACCUGCAGUCAGACGUGCACAAACACAGACGGCUCGUACACCUGCUCCUGUGUGGAAGGUUAUCUAGUUCAACCAGACAACCGCUCCUGCAAGGCCAAGAACGUGCCUGUGGACCGUCUCCCCGUGUUACUGAUCGCAAACUCUCAGAACAUCCAGAUCACGUCUCUGAGCGGCUCCAGCAGCCCGUCACUCUACAUAAGCACAAAACAGACCACAGCCAUGGACUUCCUAUACGGGCAGGAAAAAGUGUGCUGGAUCAAUGUGGGCGACUCCCCCGCGGGCACACGACUGAAGUGCGCUAAGAUAACAGGACUCAAGAGCUUCACAGAUGAGAGAACCAUCAACAUCUCCCUCAGCUUACACCAUGUAGAGCAGAUGGCGAUAGACUGGCUCACAGGAAACUUCUACUUUGUUGAUGAUGUGGAUGAUCGAAUCUUUGUAUGCGAUAAAGAUGGAACCACAUGUGUGACACUGCUGGAUCAAGAACUCUACAACCCCAAAGGCAUCGCUCUGGACCCAACUAUGGGAAAGGUUUUCUUCACCGACUAUGGGCAGAUCCCAAAGGUGGAACGCUGUGACAUGGAUGGACAGAACCGAACAAAGUUGGUGGACAGUAAAAUUGUCUUUCCACAUGGCAUCACCCUGGACUUGGUCAACAGAUUGGUCUACUGGGCCGAUGCUUAUCUGGACUACAUCGAAGUAGUGGACUAUGAGGGCAAAAACAGACACACCAUCAUUCAAGGCCUGUUGAUCGAGCAUCUUUAUGGUCUUACAGUGUUUGAGAACUAUCUAUAUGCCACAAACUCAGACAAUGCCAACAUGCAGCCUAAGACCAGCGUGAUCCGCGUCAAUCGAUUCAACAGUUCAGAUUAUCAGGUGGUCACCCGUGUCGACAAGGGAGGAGCUCUACAUGUUUACCACCAGAGACGCCAACCCCCUGUGCGGAGUCAUGCCUGUGAGCCGGAUCAGUUUUGGAAAGCCGGAGGUUGUUCAGACAUCUGUCUGUUGGGCAACAGCCACAAGAGCCGGACGUGUCGCUGUCGGUCUGGCUUUAGCCUGGGCAACGAUGGCAAAUCAUGCAAGAAGCCUGAGCAUGAGUUAUUCCUGGUGUACGGGAAGGGUCGUCCAGGUGUUAUCCGUGGUAUGGACAUCAACCCUAAAGUUCAGGAUGAAUAUAUGAUCCCCAUCGAGAACCUGAUGAACCCUCGAGCUCUGGACUUCCAUGCACAGAGUAACUUCAUCUACUUCGCCGAUGCCACCAGUUAUCUGAUUGGCCGACAGAAGAUUGAUGGCACGGAAAGAGACAUCAUCCUUAAAGAAGGUAUUCACACUGUCGAAGGAAUCGCUGUUGACUGGAUGGCCAAUAAUCUUUACUGGACAGAUGAUGGUCCCAAGAAGACCAUCAGUGUUGCUCGGCUCGAGAAAGCUUCUCAGACCAGGAAGACUCUCAUUGAGGGCAAGAUGACCCACCCUCGAGCUAUUGUCGUGGACCCUCGGCACGGCUGGAUGUACUGGACUGACUGGGAAGAGGACCCAAAAGAGAGCAAGCGAGGGAAGAUUGAGAAGGCCUGGAUGGACGGAACCAACCGGAACGUUCUGUUGACGUCUAAGACGGUUCUGUGGCCCAACGGCCUGAGUCUGGACAUUCCUCAGGGCAUCCUAUACUGGGUGGAUGCUUAUUACGACCGAAUCGAGAUGGUCUAUCUCAACACCACUGCACGCAAGACGGUUUAUGAUGGACAGGAACUAAACCACGCCUUUGGCCUGUGCCACUACAAACACUUCCUCUUCUGGAACGAGUACCGCAGCGGCAGCAUCUAUAAACUGGACCAGAACACCAAAACGGUCACUUUGCUACGCAACGAACGGCCACCCAUCUUUGAGAUCCGCAUGUACGAUGCCCAACAGCAGCUGGGAAGCAAUGCGUGUAGAGCCAAUAACGGCGGCUGUAGUAGUCUGUGUUUGGCCACUCCCAUUGGCAGGUCAUGUGCCUGCGCUGAGGACCAAUUACUGGACCCCACAGACAACACCAGCUGUAAAGCAAACCCGUCUUACAUUCCCCCUCCGCAGUGUCAGCCGGGAGAGUUUGCCUGUAAGAAUAACCGCUGUAUUCAAGACCGCUGGAAAUGCGACGGAGAUAAUGACUGUCUGGACAACAGCGACGAGACCGCUGAACUGUGCCAUCAGCACACGUGCCCUGCUGACCGCUUCAAGUGUCAAAAUAACCGCUGUAUCCCCAUGCGCUGGCUUUGUGAUGGAGACAACGACUGCGGCAAUAAUGAAGAUGAAUCUAACACCACAUGCUCAGCUCGAACAUGUCCUCCUAAUCAGUACUCGUGUGCCAGUGGCCGCUGUAUUCCCAUCUCCUGGACAUGUGACCUGGAUGAUGACUGCGGGGACCGCUCCGAUGAGCCUGCGUCCUGCGCAUACCCAACCUGUUUCCCGCUCACUCAGUUCACCUGCAAUAACGGACGCUGUAUCAACAUCAACUGGCGCUGUGAUAACGACAAUGACUGUGGUGAUAACAGUGAUGAAGCCGGCUGCAGUCAUUCAUGCUCCAACGCUCAGUUUAAAUGUAACAGUGGUCGCUGUAUACCCGACUACUGGACCUGCGACGGAGACAACGACUGUGGUGACUACAGCGACGAGACCCACGCCAACUGCACUAACCAGGCAACCCGUCCUCCUGGCGGCUGUCACACAGAUGAGUUCCAGUGUCGUGUGGAUGGUUUGUGUAUUCCCCUCCGCUGGCGGUGUGAUGGAGACACUGACUGCAUGGAUCUGAGCGAUGAGAAGAACUGCGAGGGUGUAACACACAUGUGUGAUCCAGCAGUAAAGUUUGGCUGCAGGGACUCUGCGCGGUGUAUCAGUAAGGCUUGGGUAUGUGAUGGUGACAGUGAUUGUGAAGAUAACUCUGAUGAAGAUAACUGUGAGGCGCUGGUGUGUAAACUCUCCCAUCACGUGUGUGCCAAUGACACCAGCAUUUGUCUACCCGCCGAGAAACUGUGUGAUGGCAAAGACGACUGUCCUGACGGCUCCGAUGAGAAACUCUGUGAUCUGUGUUCUCUGGACAACGGUGGCUGCAGCCAUAACUGUACAGUGGCCCCGGGAGAGGGCAUUCUGUGCUCGUGCCCACUGGGAAUGGAACUGGGCACUGACAACAAGACGUGUCAGAUCCAGGGCUUCUGUGCCAAACACCUGAAGUGCAGCCAGCGCUGUGAACAGGACAAGUUCAAUGUGAAGUGUUCCUGCUAUGAUGGCUGGGCCCUCGAACCUGACAUGGAGAGCUGCAGGAGCACAGAUCCGUUUAAACCCUUCAUCAUCUUCUCCAAUCGUCAUGAGAUCCGACGGAUUGAUCUUCACAAAGGAGAGUUCAGCGUGUUGGUGCCAGGCUUGAGGAACACCAUCGCUCUCGACUUCCACCUCAACGAGAGCUCGCUCUACUGGACUGAUGUUGUUGAGGACAAAAUUUACCGUGGGAAGCUGUCAGAAAAUGGUGCAGCGCUGACAAGUUUUGACGUGGUGAUCCAGUAUGGAUUAGCUACUCCUGAAGGUCUGGCUGUAGACUGGAUCGCCGGAAACAUCUACUGGGUUGAGAGUAACCUAGAUCAGAUCGAAGUGGCCAAACUGGACGGGACGAUGCGCACCACUCUACUAGCUGGAGAUGUGGAGCAUCCACGGGCCAUCGCCCUGGACCCCAGAGAGGGAAUCCUAUUCUGGACAGACUGGGAUGCCAGCAUGCCCAGGAUAGAGGCUGCGUCCAUGAGUGGACAUGGCAGGCGCACCAUCCAUAAGGAGACGGGCAGCGGAGGAUGGCCCAACGGACUGACUGUGGACUAUCUGGAGCGCCGCAUUCUGUGGAUAGAUGCCAGAUCUGAUGCGAUCUAUUCAGCUAAGUACGACGGGUCCGGACUGAUCGAGGUGCUCAGAGGACACGAGUAUCUCUCGCACCCGUUUGCUGUGACGAUGUAUGGAGGAGAGGUUUACUGGACAGACUGGCGCACAAACACGCUGGCCAAGGCCAACAAGUGGACAGGAAACAAUGUCACUGUGGUUCAGAGAACAAACACUCAACCUUUCGACCUGCAGGUGUACCACCCAUCUAGACAACCGCAAGCGCCAAACCCGUGUGCUGCUAACGGUGGUUUGGGUCCAUGUUCUCACCUGUGCUUGAUCAACUAUAAUCAGACGUUCUCCUGUGCCUGCCCGCACCUCAUGAGACUGAGUGAGGACAACCACACCUGCUACGAGUCGCGUCAGUUCCUGCUGUACGCCCGUCAGAUUGAGAUAAGAGGAGUGGACAUCUAUAAUCCGUACUACAACUACAUCAUCUCCUUCACUGUCCCUGACAUCGACAACGUGACGGUUGUGGAUUACGACGCUCUGGAGCAGCGCAUCUAUUGGUCAGAUGUUCGGACUCAGACAAUCAAGAGGGCCUUCAUCAACGGCACAGGAAUAGAGACGGUGGUGUCUGCAGAUAUUCCCAACACACAUGGUCUGGCGGUGGACUGGGUGUCACGUAAUCUCUUCUGGACCAGCUAUGACGGCAAUAAGAAACAGAUCAACGUCGCCAGACUGGACGGCUCCUUCAAAAACGCUGUUAUUCAGGGCCUGGACAAACCCCACUGCCUCGUGCUGCAUCCCAUACUGGGGAAGCUGUACUGGACUGACGGAAAUAACAUCAGCAUGGCCAACACUGACGGCACGAACCGUACCAUGAUCUUCAUCAAUCAGAAAGGACCAGUGGGUCUUUCCAUAGACUACGACACCGAGCAUCUGUACUGGAUCAGCUCAGGAAACAGCACCAUUAACCGCUGUAAGCUGGACGGAUCAGGGCUGGAGGUGUUAGACGCGGUCAAAGGCAAACUCAACAAAGCCUCUGCACUGGCUAUCAUGGGUGAUAAGCUGUGGUGGGCGGAUCAGGGCACGGAUGAGAUCGGCACCUGUGAUAAGAGUGAUGGAGGAGACUGGAAGGUCUUGAGAAACAGCACGUCUCCCAUGAUGCACAUGAAGAUCUACAAUGAGACCGUGCAGACAGGUUCAAACAUGUGCAGUAACAACAAUGGUGACUGCUCUCAGCUGUGUCUGCCCACGUCUCCCUCCACCCGCUCCUGCAUGUGCACCGCGGGAUACAGCCUGAGGAGCGGACGGCAGUCCUGUGAGGGUGUGGGUUCAUUCCUGCUGUACUCUGUUCAUGAGGGCAUUAGAGGAAUCCCGCUGGACCCCGCUGACAAAUCCGAUGCCCUUGUACCAGUUUCAGGCACAUCACUCGCCGUCGGGAUUGAUUUUCAUGCCGACAAUGACACCAUCUUUUGGGUUGACAUGGGUUUGAGCACCAUCAGCAGAGCUAAGAGAGAUCAGACGUGGAGAGAGGACAUCGUCACUAAUGGCAUCGGCCGUGUGGAGGGCAUCGCUGUCGACUGGAUCGCCGGAAACAUCUACUGGACGGACCAGGGCUUUGAUGUGAUAGAGGUUGCCAGAUUGAAUGGCUCCUUUCGAUAUGUGGUCAUCUCCCAAGGACUGGACAAACCGCGGGCCAUUACUGUACAUCCUGAGAAAGGGUAUCUGUUUUGGACGGAGUGGGGACAGUAUCCACGCAUAGAAAGAUCUCGUCUGGAUGGAUCUAACAGAGCUGUGCUGGUGAACGUCAGUAUUAGCUGGCCCAACGGCAUCUCCAUUGACUAUCAGGAGGGUUUGCUGUACUGGUGCGACGCGCGCACAGAUAAGAUUGAGCGCAUUAACCUGGAGACGGGUGAGAACAGAGAGGUGGUGCUUUCCAGCAACAACAUGGACAUGUUCUCCGUAUCUGUGUUUGAGAGCUACAUAUACUGGAGCGACCGGACUCAUGCGAAUGGUUCAAUAAAGCGCGGCAGUAAAGACAAUGCAACAGAUUCAGUAAGUCUGAGGACGGGCAUCGGCGUCCAACUCAAAGACAUCAAGGUCUUUAACAGAGCGCGACAACAAGGAACUAAUAUCUGCAAGAACAACAACGGUGGCUGCCAGCAACUCUGUCUUUACCGUGGUAAUGGACAGCGAACAUGUGCUUGCGCUCACGGAAUGCUAGCCGAGGACGGUCAGAGUUGCCGUGACUACGACGGAUACCUGCUGUAUUCAGAACGCACGAUACUAAAGAGUGUGCACUUAUCAGAUGAAAACAACCUCAAUGCACCAAUCAAACCGUUUGAAGAUCCUGACCACAUGAAGAACGUCAUCGCGCUAACGUUUGAUUACCGCGGAGGAGGUGGAAAAGGAGCCAAUCGGAUCUUCUACAGUGACAUCCACUUUGGAAAUAUUCAGCAGAUCAAUGACGACGGGUCAAAUCGGAAGACCGUGGUCGAGAGUAAGUUUCAAAUAAUAACGUCUUUCUACUUUCUGCUUGCUCUGAUUUUUCCUGGAUGUUUUAUCUGUGUCAGUGACCUGUUUCUUCAAGGUUUCUGUCCAUUGUCCUGCUUUCUGUCCUUUUAGUUCCUGCUUUUUUUUUUUUU